GAGCACAGUCCCCAUUCCUCAGAGGCCCAGUCCCGCGGGCGGACGGACAGACGGAGGGACUGAGGACGCGGGCAGGCCCGGCGCCUGGAAUGCAGUUUACUCUUGAGAGCGGUACUUUGCACUGUAGUGGAGACUAGUUUGGGGUGGGAUUUCCCACCCGUCCUCUCCUCCCACCGCCGGGCCCCUUUCCAGGCGCUUUCUGGGAGCUUUGAGAACUGCGCUCCGAAGUUAAGGGAGAGAGGAGCUUGUGCCGUAGGCAGGGACAAUGGAAGAAAAUGAAAGCCAGAAAUUUGAGCCGGGCCGUCCUUACUCAGCAGACAGCAGACAGAUGCAGGAACAAGGAAAAAGCAAUCUGCAUGUAACCUCAUUAGAAGAUGCAGAAUGUCGCAGAACCAAGGAAUGCCUUUCUAAUGGUAAAGGUCACAUCUUAGUUUCCAAGUCUUCCCACAGUAUCCCAAGAAGACAUACUCUAGGUGGGCCCCGAAGUUCCAAAGAAAUCCUAGGAAUGCAAACAUCUGAGAUGGAUAGGAAGAGAGAAGCUUUCCUAGAACAUCUAAAGCAGAAAUACCCUCAUCAUGCCACAGCAAUCAUGGGCCACCAAGAGAGGCUGAGAGACCAGACAAGAAGCCCCAAACUGUCUCACAGUCCUCAACCUCCUAGCUUCAGUGACCUGGCUGAGCAUUUAUCAGAGGCGUCUGGUGAUUCUUUGGAAGCCAUGUCUGAGGGAGAAUCUCCAAGUCCUUUCUCCAGAGGCAGCCGGACUCGAGCAAGCCUUCCAGUAGUGAGGUCGACCAACCAGACAAAAGAAAGAUCUCUGGGAGUUCUCUAUCUUCAGUAUGGAGAUGAAACCAAGCAGCUCAGGAUGCCGAAUGAAAUUACAAGUGCAGACACAAUCCGUGCUCUCUUCGUAAGUGCCUUUCCACAGCAGCUCACCAUGAAAAUGCUGGAGUCUCCAAGUGUUGCCAUUUACAUCAAAGAUGAAAGCAGAAAUGUGUAUUAUGAAUUAAAUGAUGUCAGGAACAUUCAGGACAGAUCUCUCCUUAAAGUGUACAACAAGGAUCCCGCACAUGCAUUUAAUCACAUACCAAAAACUGUGAAUGGCGACAUGAGGAUGCAGAGAGAAGUUAUUUAUGCAAGAGGAGAUGGCUCUGGUGCUUCUCGACCUGGAUCCACAGCUCAUCUACCCCAUGCAGUUCCAAAUUCUCCCCCAUCCACGCCUAUGCCCCAUUCUAUGCCUCCCUCCCCAUCCAGAAUCCCUUAUGGGGGCACUCGCCCAAUGGCCAUUCCUGGCAAUGCCACCAUCCCCAGGGACAGACUCUCCAGCCUGCCUGUCUCCAGAUCCAUCUCACCAAGCCCAAGCGCCAUUUUAGAAAGAAGAGAUGUAAAGCCAGAUGAAGACAUGAGCGGCAAGAACAUUGCAAUGUACAGAAGUGAAGGUUUCUAUGGUGACCCUUACCUUUAUCACGAGGGACGGAUGAGCAUCGCCUCUUCCCACGGUGGACACCCUCUGGAUGUCCCUGACCACAUCAUUGCAUAUCACCGCACAGCAAUCCGGUCGGCCAGUGCUUAUUGUAACCCGCCUUUGCAAGCAGAAAUGCAUAUGGAGCAGUCACUGUACAGACAGAAAUCAAGGAAAUAUCCGGAGAGCCACUUGCCUACUUUGGGCUCCAAAACGCCGCCCGCCUCUCCUCACCGAGUCAGCGACCUAAGGAUGAUAGAAAUGCACCCACAUCAUAAUGCUCACGGGCCCCCUCACACCCUGCAGCCAGAGCGAGUCUCCCCAAGCCGCCAGUCCUUUAAGAAGGAGCCGGGCACCUUGGUGUAUAUUGAAAAGCCACGGAACACUCCAGGAUUAUCCAGCAUGGUGGACCUCGGCCCUCCUCUAGUUGAGAAGCAAGUUUUUGCUUAUAGCACUGCUACGAUACCCAAAGACAGAGAGACCAGAGAGAGGAUGCAAGCCAUGGAGAAACAGAUUGCCAGUUUAACUGGUCUUGUUCAGUCUGCGCUUUUUAAAGGGCCAAUUACAAGUAAUAGCAAAGAUGUGUCUAGUGAGAAAAUGAUGAAAACCGCAGCCAAUAAGAACCACACGGAUAGUGCAGGAACACCCCAUGUUUCUGGUGGGAAGAUGCUCACCACUCUCGAGUCCACCAUGCCGCCUAGCCAGUCCCUGCCUGCGGGUUCUUCGACUGUCCACAUGAGCCUGCUUGACAUGAGGCGAAAUGUGGCCGAACUCAGGCUCCAGCUCCAGCAGAUGCGACAGCUCCAGCUGCAGAACCAGGAGCUGCUGCGGGCAAUGAUGAAGAAGGCUGAGCUGGAAAUCAGCAGCAAAGUGAUGGAAACGAUGAAGAGGUUGGAGGAUCCUGUGCAGCGACAGCGCAUCCUGGUGGAGCAAGAGAGACAAAAGUACCUUCACGAAGAGGAGAAGAUUGUCAAGAAGUUAUGUGAGUUGGAAGACUUUGUUGAAGACUUGAAGAAGGACUCUGCAUCAGCUGGCCUAGUGGUUACUGUAAAAGACGUGGAAGAUGGAGCAUUCCUCCUGCGACAAGUGGGAGAAGCUGUAGCUUCCCUGAAAGGAGAAUUUCCAACCUUACAAAAUAAGAUGCGCGCCGUCCUCCGCAUCGAGGUGGAGGCCGUACGGUUCCUGAAGGAGGAGCCACAUAAGCUGGACAGUCUCCUGAAGAGAGUGCGGAACAUGACCGACGCCCUGACCGUGUUGCGGAGACAUGUCACUGAUGGGCUCUUGAAAGGUACAGAUGCAGCCCAAGCCGCACAGUACGUCGUGAUGGAAAAGGCCACUGCGGUGGAAGUCCUGAGGAACCAGGAGGAUGCCCCCCACACCACAGGCCAGCCCCUCUCCGGCGCAGGAGUCCCUGGUGAUGUGAAGUCAGAGGUGGUGACGGUGCACCAUGCUCAGAGUGCGCCUGUUGUCAUCCAGCCCUCUCAGCACUCCUCAUCCUUGCUCAACCAUGCCCAGAACUUGCCUGGGGGGCCAGGGCCUCACCCGGCCAGCCCUCCAGCCGUCCCACAGGAAGUAGCGUCUGCUCUACAGCCAGCCCCUCAGUCCCCACAGAUGCCCGUGAAUGGUUCCACCAUGCAGGGCCUGUUCAUUGAGGAAAUCCACAGUGUGAAUGCCAAGAACAGGGCUGUGUCUAUUGAGAAAGCAGAAAGGAAAUGGGAAGAGAAAAGGCAAAAUCUGGACCACUACAAUGGAAAAGAGUUUGAGAAACUCCUGGAAGAAGCUCAGGCCAAUAUCAUGAAGUCAAUCCCAAACCUGGAGAUGCCACUGUCCUCAAGCUCAUUGCCAAAAGGAGAAGCUCCAGGGGACAAGUUAGAACUUUCAGAAGACUCUCCAAAUUCAGAACAGGACUUGGACAAGCUGGGGGGAAAGUCCCCACCCCCUCCACCCCCACCCCCACGUCGGAGCUACCUGCCAGGAUCCGGGCUUACCACCACGAGGUCGGGCGACGUGGUCUACACCAGCAGGAAGGAGACCACCUCUGCAAAGGCAAGCAGUGAAGAUGCUGGACAAAUCCCACAGGCUAGAGUCACAAAAUGUGCAACAGAGGAUACUGCUUCUGCCUGGACCCAAGCCCCACCACCAGUUACUACCUCCUCCUCAAAGGAUGAGGAGGAAGAAGAAGAAGAAGAAGAAGGAGACAAAAUAAUGGCAGAACUACAGGCAUUCCAGAAGUGUUCCUUUAUGGAUGUAAUUUCAAACAGUCACGCAGAGCAGUCGCGGACUGACGGUCACGUUAAAGACACUAGGCCCGGGGCCACAGUCCCACCCAAGGAAAAGAAGAAUUUGGAAUUUUUCCAUGAAGACGUACGGAAAUCUGAUGUUGACUAUGAAAAUGCCCCCCAAGUGGAAUUCCAAAAGGUUACUGCAGGGGCACUAAGAUUUAGUGACCAUCUGAAGGACAAGUGGGAAAGAGGAAUGGAGAAUAGUGUAUCUGAUGCCUCAAGAAUAUCAGAAUAUAAAGCUGGCAUUUUAAUGAAAGAAAAUUCUAUGUCCAAUCAGAGUUUGCUUAGAGACAGUUCCCAGAAAAAUGUGUCUAAAGUCAACCCCGAUGUCUCUGGCAUUAGUUCCUUAGAAGAUGAAAUAAGCAAAGGGCCAAAAGUUUCAGGACUGCUGACCCCUACACUCAACACUGAGAGUCAGAAGGUGAAUUAUGGAACGAUAAAGGAGAUGAAUCAACAAGGACAAGAAAACACACUUAAGUGUCACCUUCUCUCUUCUACUAGAUCAACUGAAUUGAGUAUCCAUGAUGUCAAAACACAAGAUCAAGAAGUUUCCAUGACAGAUUUUGGCCAAGUCAUUCUAAGACCCAAGGGCACUAGGCAUGCCAGCCUGAAGACUAAUGAGGAGGGAGAAUCAACAUCAAGUUCUCCCAUGGAAGAAAAUGCGCCCUCUGACAACAUUGCCUUCAUGAUUACCAAAACUGCUGUCCAGGUUCUGUCCAGUGGGGAGGUCCAUGAUAUAGUGAGCAAAAAGGGAGAAGAUAUACAGACCGUUAAUAUUGAUGCCAAAAAAGAGCUGACCUCCCAACAAGGAGGGACUGGAAAUGAAGAGCCAGUCGUGUGCCUAGACAAGAAACCAGUAAUCAUCAUUUUUGAUGAGCCCAUGGACAUCCGCUCUGCCUAUAAGAGACUUUCCACCAUAUUUGAGGAAUGUGAUGAAGAAUUAGAGAGAAUGAUGACUGAGGAAAAGAUAGAGGAGGAGGAAGAGGAGGAAAAUGGAGACACCGUAGUCCAGAAUAACCCUUCCCAAAUGUUUAAUAGGAAUGUUGCCUCAGCUAGUCUUACAUCAACACGGCAGACCAAGAGUAUAUUACAGCCACACUCCCUGCCAGCAGAAACCAAAAUACCAGGAGGACGGGAAAGGAGUAAAACUGAACUGAGUAAGUUCAGCCAAGCAGAUUCUCCAAGUUCAGAGAGCAAGUGUGACACAACAGAUGACCAAUUUGAAAGUCCCAAGAAAAAAUUCAAAUUCAAAUUCCCUAAAAAGCAACUGGCUGCUCUCACUCAAGCCAUCCGCACUGGAACCAAAACGGGGAAGAAGACUUUGCAGGUGGUGGUCUAUGAUGAGGAGGAAGAGGAUGGUACUCUGAAGCAGCACAAAGAAGCCAAGCGAUUCGAAAUCUCAAGGUCUCAACCUGAGGAUGCCCCACAAAGUAUGGCUAGGAAACAAGAGCAGCCCAGUCUAGAGGGCACAUCUCAGAUUUCAAGAACUGAUGAAAUUAGGAAAAAUACCUACAAAACAUUGGACAGCCUGGAGCAGACAAUUAAACAGCUUGAAAAUACCAUCAGUGAAAUGAGUCCCAAAGCCUUAGCUGAUACCUCGUGUACUUCCAACAAAGAUUCUGUUGCAAGCUCAUCCCACAUAACUCGAGAGGCUUCUCCCCAAACCUUGCUAGUUCUGGAUGAAGCUCCCACUGCCCUAGAACCCCCCACGUCAAUACCUUCAGCUUCACGUAAGGGCUCCAGUGGGACCCCACAGACCAGCAGGAUGCCGGUACCCAUGAGUUCCAAGAACAGACCUGGAAGCAUGGAGAAACCCGGCAAACAGUCCAAACUGCAGGAUCCCCGCCAAUAUCGUCAGGCUAAUGGAAGUGCUAAGAAAGCUGGUGGGGACUAUAAGCCUACUUCCCCCUCCUUACCUGCCUCUAAGAUUCCGGCCCUUUCUCCCAGCUCUGGGAAAGGCAGCUCUCUGCCCUCUUCUAGUAGUGACGGCUCUAACCCCCCUAACCCACCUGCUACUAAACCGUCAGUCACUUCUUCUAACCCUCUCAGCCCCCAGCCAGGACGAGCUGCUCACUCCGCCUCCCUCAUCCCCUCUGUCUCUAAUGGCUCCUUAAAGUUUCAGAGCCCCCCUCAUCCAGGGAAAGGCCACCAUCUUCCCUUCUCACUGCAGACUCAAAAUGGCCGAGCAGCCGCUUCUUCCUCCUCCUCCUCCCCUCCGUCCCCUGCCUCCCCCACCUCCCUGAACCAAGGUGCCAAGAGCAUCAGGACCAUCCACACUCCCAGCCUCACCAGCUACAAAGCACAGAAUGGAAGUUCAAGCAAAGCCACCCCAUCCACAGCAAAGGAGACCCCUUAAAGGCCAAAUCCUAGUAGGCAUGAGUUGGAGUUGUAUUAAAAAUUUUUAAAGGUCUGCAACAACUGUUUUCACAAGAGAACGUAACAUAUUGCUGUAUUGUUUGAGGCUUAAUGCUAAGUAUGUGCUAAAUACUGGAUUCACAGAUUUCAGUAAAGUGAGUUGUUGUUUUUUUUGUUUUUUUUUUACUGAGUUGCUGUUGUAAUUACAUAGUGUUUACUGUCUGUAUUCCAUACCUGUUAAAUGAAGCCAGCAUGUGUUACAAGAGAGUAUGGUGAGAGAGCUGGGUGUGUGAGAGGAAAAAUGUAUUAAGCGUGUAAAACAUGUAUGAUUCCAGAAUUUUAGUAUGUUUUGUAUAAAAAUAUUUUUCAUUACGGAGACUAGAAGUGAACAGAGAUACACAGUGGGACUAUACAAAAUUGUAAAACAGAUACUAUAAUAUUUUCCUUUUAUUUUAGUGUUAUUUAGCUUUAUUACAGAUUUCUAUUUUUGUCAAAACUUCAUGGUUCCUUUCAAGAUCUUUUUUGCCAAAACAUUUUGAUACUAUAGCAUUGUAGAUUUGAAAGUAGUGUUGCGAGACAAUAAGCCAAUGAACUUCUACACAAGCCAGCAGGGAAACACGUGUAGAAGACAGUUUAUCAUACCUAUUGCACUGCCAUGGAAAUUAUGUAUAAUAAUUUGCUAGCCCAAGCAAGCUAGUUUUCUUUCUUUCCUUUUUUUUUUUUUCUUCUCUUUUAACAUGUUGGGAUUUUCUCAUUGUUUUGUUUGCAGUAUCUAACCCCCUUCUUUGUUUUUGGAGACCUGGUAACCCAUACUAUUGCAUUGUGGAUCUUAAAAUGUACACUUCUGUACGGUUCUGUAAACUGACAAACUUUUGUAAAUAUAUAAAUAUGAAUAGACAUAAAAAUACUGUAUGUGACAGCACAUAGAGUAGUUUUCCCACACCAAAGUUAAUUUUUAUGCAUGCUUUAAAAGUAUAUAUUGGGAUGGGCAGAAAUGGGACUAUCCAUAAAUUUUUAAAAAGCAACAAGUUUGCACAGCUGUAGUGUUUUGUAAAUAAAUGUAUUUGUAUAACACAGUCAUGUAAUAUACAGAAGUAUAAGCAGAGACUUUGCAAAUCUAAAUAAAGGGCUGCAUGCUUAUUAUUUUUUGUACCUUGUCACUAUAACUACUUCCUAGUCAAAGAACAAAAAUGCAACUAUUACCAAGCGGAGUGUUUUUGGCUUUGAGGACAUUAUAAGUACCACGUAACCACACUCACUCAGACAGUACUACUUUUCUGAAGGCUCUGAUGUGGAAAUGCUGCACUAAUAAUGAGUUCCUGACAGAGUCGUUAGAAGUGUGGUAACUU